AUGGAGACGAAGUCUCCCACCGAGAUUAUGGCCGAUGAGCUCCUCAAGCGCGGCAACGAUGCCUACGAAGCGCGAGAAUUCGAAGAGGCUCUCAAUGAUGCACAUUUAGUCACAACUCUCGCACCAAAUUGGACUCCCGCCUAUUCGCGCAAAGCCUAUGUGCUUUGGUGCAUGGGUGAGAUCGGAAGAGCGCUCGAAGCCUACGAAAUCGCCAACUCGAUGGAGCCCCACGACGAAGAGGUAAAGCGUCACAUCGCCACGCUACAGAGCAUUCUCCAGGAGAAAGACACAUCUCUGCACCACGGAGACUCGAGCGGCUUGAUGGAGGAAGAGGAGCCGCGAAAACGCUCUGAAAAAGAAGUGACCCUCUCCGAAGACUUCGAGUGCGUUCUGUGCCUGAAGGUCUUCUACGACCCGGUCACCACCCCGUGCGGGCACACCUUCUGCCGCAGCUGCCUCUUCCGUGCCAUGGACCACGGCACGCAGUGCCCGCUGUGCCGCGGCGUGGUCCACCUGUCGUCGAACCACCCGGCCACCGUGACGCUCAAGAACAUCAUCAAGCGGCUCUUCCCCGACGAGUACCGCCAACGCGAGGAGGAAGCGCAGAAGGAGCUCAUCCAGGACGAGACCUGCAUGCCGCUCUUCCCGCUCAACGCGGUCGUCUACCCGGGCAUGCGCUUCCCAAUGCACAUCUUCGAGGCCCGCUACCGGCUCAUGCUCCGACGGUGCAUGGCUGGGGCCAAGACCUUCGGCCUCAUCAACAUCCGACGAGACAGCUCCGGCUCGUCGUGGGUGCCCUACGACGUGGGUUGCACGCUCGAGAUCAACAAGAUCAACAUUUUGCCGGACGGGCGAAGCUACAUCGACACUCGAUGCAAGCGGCGCUUCCGGGUGCUGGAGAAGUGGGAGAUGGACGGCUACCUGGUGGGCAAGAUUCAGUACAUCGACGACGAGAACAUGCGGGAAGAGGAAGCUGAGAUCUUCCGCCGACAAGUGCAAGAGACCAGGGGAUUGAUGAACGGCCUCCUGGCCUCUGGCAUUUGCGAGACGAACGAGCAGAUCAAGAAGCUGCUCACCCAGGCUGGCGACAUGCCCACCGACGACCUCCAGUUCUCGUACUGGAUGUCCACGAUCCUCCCCGUCAACACAGAUAUCAAGCAAGAGUUGCUCGAGAUGACGUCGACGACGAGGCGAUUCGCGCGGAUCCUCGACAUCCUGCGAAUCUACUUUGGCUUCUCCUACAACACCCAGCCGACCUUCUUCCCGCCGCCACCACCACAGCAGCAGCCACCACCUCUCACCGCCCUUCGAGGACUCUCUGGCGGCACCAUGGGCGGCGGCGGCGGCAUGCAAGGAAUGCAAGGAAUGGGCGGAGGAAUGAUGGGCGGCGUGGCGACGGGCGGCGGAGGAAUGCAAGGGCUGGGUGGCGGGGCGAUGGGCGGCUUCGGCAGAGGACAAGCGCCUGCGAGUGGAACGUCAACGGGCGGAGGCUUCCAGUACGGCGGCCCACAGCAACAGCAACAGCAACAGCAACAGCAGCGACCACCAGCGCUGCCCGAGAACUGCAUCCUCUCCUAG